UCCGUUUCAAUCGUCUACAAUACAAGCAGUGAAUCGUGAAUGAAGUGCUGUUCUCUCGUGUCUUGUUAGCAUAAUUACGCGUUAUGUAACGUUACAAGUUAGAUUCUGAAUUGAAGAAAGGAAAUCCACGCGAGUGCACUUUAUCAGAUGACACAAUUGUGAACGAAUUGCAGUCCGCUUCGGAGUACGGUUGCAAUGGAUUGGUGUAUUGCAAUUGCAGUGUGUACGAUGGAAGGAAAGUAGCACAAGUGUAUAAACAAAGCUGUAGGAAUAAAUUACGUCAAGUGGUGCCCAAAAUUUGGCCAAGUAAUAGCACUCAGCUGACUCAGUGACUCAUCAAAAAAGUAACAUUGUUUCGUCUCGAGCUAACACGCCCGACAAAAGUGAAACGAUUCGCUGUAUGACAAUAACCGUGAUUAUAUCGUCCCAAAUGGCCCCAUCCUACAACCGGCAGUGAAUCUUGAUAGCAACAGAAACCGUCCGUCCAAUUUGCCAGUGAUAUAUAGCGCACAUUUGUAAAAUACGUCCGUCAAUCUUCAUGAGCGCGCUUUCCAAAAGUGGUUGUUCAACUCGACGAAGAAUCAGCUCAGAAACGGCGAUCUCUUAGUCUCGCGAACCGGACCGCCCAGCGACGACAAUCAGUCAGUCAGAUUAUAGUGAAACGACGGAAAGCAGAGAGAAUGCCACCGACCGAGCUGUCCGUUCCGCUGACGGAAAAUGGCCGUGCGAAAAAACCAACCGUCGUCGUCGUCGUCGCAGCCUCAAAUGGCAACGGUUCCGUGCCCUCGAACGGAUACAGAAAACCAUCGGUUGCCGAGGAAAUGGAGCAAACAGCGAAGUUGGCCUCCGCCGGCGAGCAGCACACUGAUCAGCACGGACAAAAACGGCAGCUCGGCUGCCUCGGCCGGCUGUCCUACAACGUGUCGAAUGCCAUCGGACAGUUUUUCUACCGACUCGGACGACACAUCGCGAAAAAUCCAUGGCGUACGAUUGCGAUAAGCUGGCUGGUCGUGGCCUGCUGCAGUUUGGGUUUUUUCAAGUUUCACAAAGAGAAGAGCCCGAUGAAGCUUUGGAUUCCACACAACUCCAAAUUCCUGCACGAUACGAACUGGCUAACCGAAAACUUUAAGGAAGGAAACCGGCUAGAGAUGGUAAUGCUUACGGCUCCGGAUGUCCUAACGCCGGAGGUUCUUCAACAGUUAGCUGCACUUACGGAGGAUAUUGUGGCGCUAGAAGCAUCCGACAACAAAGGCAAAACCUACACCUGGAAAGAUGUUUGUUUUAAAGUUCCUCUAAUAGCCGAAUAUACUGCAAAUAGACGCCGUAAGCGUGAAGAUCUAUCGAACCACACCACAACCAUCGCCACGACAAAACGCCCGAAGAAGACGAAGCCCUUCUUCAACCCAAGCGUAGAUCUGCCCUCGUUCAUGUACUGCCCGAUGAUCGACAGGCUACCGAUUGGGUGCAUAGAGCUGAGUAUUCUGGAACUGUGGAAGUACGAUCGCGAUGUGAUUGCUCAACUGACGAAGGAGCAAAUCGUAGAGAAGCUGAACAAAACGAAAAUAAGUCCCGUCACAGGUCACACCGUGGACUACACGGAAAUGCUCGGCGGAGUCGAACGUGAUUGGAGCGGUCGAAUCGUUUCCGCCAGUUCCGUGAUGACAAACUGGAUGCUGCACGUUAACUUUUCCGAGGUGGAUUUGGACGUUAGCGGUAACAUUGCCGGCACGGAAGAUUGGGCCACCGAGGGAGCACUGGCGUGGGAGGCGGCAUUUCUGGACAAGCUGCACUUGAUUGCGGAGAACUACACCCGUGGGGAUGUAAAUUUGUUCUACGCGGCCGGUCGUAGCUACGGAGAUAUCAGUGCGGAUUCUAUGUUUAAAGAUAUUGAUAAACUCCUGAUUGGAGGGGUGCUUAUGUUUGUCUAUAUGCAGCUGGUGCUUUCGAGAUUUAGUUGGACAGAAUUUCGGAUCAUCUUGGGUUCGGUUGGUUUGCUGAACAUUGGAAUGGGAUUCGUAGCUGGUUGCGGAAUCGUGUCCGCGCUGGGCGUUUCCUAUGGACCUGUCCACACUUGUUUGCCGUUUCUACUAAUGGGGCUGGGUGUAGAUGACAUGUUUGUUAUGAUGGCUUGCUACAGGAAAGUUCAUGAGUCGCACUCCCAUCUGCCUCUACCGGAACGGAUGGGUCUGAUGCUGAAGCAUGCGGGAGCUUCCAUCACGGUCACAUCAUUAACCGACAUUGUCGCUUUUGCGGUAGGCUCAAUAACCGUAAUGCCGUCGCUUCAAUCGUUCUGUAUUUACGCUGCUGCAGGAGUUUUUAUGAUGUACAGCUUCGUGAUUACAUUCUACGUUGCUAUUUUCACUUUGGAUGAACAGCGGGUCGCUGCGCGGAGAAAUUCUUUCGCUCCUUGGAUAAUUCACGGUGAAAAAUCCACGAAACUUUGGUGUCAGCACAAUCUUAUGUAUCGUUUCGUCAAUGCGGUUUAUUCGAAAAUCAUUCUAACAAAAAUUGGAAAAACUCUCAUAAUCGUGGGCGUUAUAACGAUGACUGGUUUGAAUAUUCAAAGUUUGCUAAAACUGCGUCAGAAGUUCGAUCCAAACUGGUUCAUUCCGGAAGAUACCUAUUUCAGCAAGUUCAUUACUAAGAGUAAAGAACACUAUCCCAAUACCGGAUUCGAGGCUAUGCUGCUGUUUGGAGAGUACAACUAUACGGAUCAUUUAAAAGAUAUGAUUCAAAUCACAAAAGAACUAGAAAAUCGGACUGAUAUCCUGCACAGUGUUAAUUCCUGGGUUAUACCUUUUCAGGAUUUUGUGCAUACUUAUUAUGAUAAAGAUAUCGGCGAAGAAGAGCUUACCGAUAAGAACUUUCGCGAGUAUCUAUCGAAGUUUCUUUACAGCCACGAUGGGGGACGCUAUCAAAUGAAUUUCAAGUUCAACACUAUGCUGAAAUGCGGACAGCCAGCCCCGAACAUCACCGUCAGUACAAUCGAGUUCAAGUUUCGGCCGUUCAAGGAACGCGACGAGUACCUGCCGGCGAAACAUGCCGUGGAGAACAUGCUCGCCCGGAACCGGAUCGCAACCGAAGAUCAUUUCAGUACACUUUGGGCAAAGAUUUUCGGCAAUUGGGUUACCGAUGAAAUCAUCGACACGGAAAUCUACCGAAACAUAGCGAUUGCCAUGGUUGGAGUGAUGUUCUGUACAGGAGUGCUGAUCGUUAAUCCUCAAAUUUGCUUCUGGAUCUUCAUCUGCGUACUGCUAACUCUGGUGAAUGUUGGCGGAUUCAUGGAGCGGUGGGACCUUACGUUGGAUCUCGUGUCCUGCAUCGGACUCCAGUUGGCCGUAGGCCUAUGUGUAGACUAUGCUGCCCACAUUGGACACACAUUCCUCACAAUAAGCCACGGAAAUCGUAACAAACGAGCGCUGGAAACAGUUCUACACAUCGGCGCAGCCGUUUUAUACGGGGGUGGUUCUACGAUUCUCUCACUAAGCGUUCUGUCCGGAUCGCAAGCAUACACAUACCGAACAUUCUUCAAAAUAUUUCUACUAGUAAUUUUACUUGGCCUCUUCCACGGUUUGGUGCUACUGCCUGUGAUCCUUAGCUUGGUAGGCCCACCCCCUUAUAGCGGUUUCCUAGACGAGCCGAAACAAAUCCCCAACGAUUACGAAAAAGAGAUGACCCUCGUCACCGAUGAACAUCGAAAACGUUUCAAUCGACAGAAUGGUGGCGGCCUUGUGCUGAACGACGAGGAACAGCAACCCAUGCGGGAGGACAAUCUGCCGUAAACCUUUUUUUUCGCGGAAUUAUCACCUACAAAAUAGCGUUCCAUGACUCAUUGCACCGAGUGCACAGAUUUUUAACGAUAUAGCGAAAAGAGAAACUCUCCAUACGCACUAACAAUUUUUUAAUGCUAUAUUUCGCUAGGUACAACGCACGCCUAGUAGGGCUUCGAUAAGCCAUUGUGAUUCUAAUCAAUAUUUAAUAUUAAGUAUUUUUAUAAAGUAAUUACACACUG